AAUCUCCAGCUCUCUCGCACGCGUGCAACGUGAUCGUUCAUCAUGGCGGCGUUGAUCUGCGCCUGGUGGGAAACGAAGGAUGGAGGCGGCGGAGGAGGUGGUCGAUGAGAAUCCCUCUGAAACUGACGCGAAGCAGCAGGCCAAGAAGGUGGACCAGCCCGAGAACCUACGCGUCCUCUCGGUGGAUAAGGUGACCGUCGAGAAGAUCGUCUUGGAGUCGGCCACUGGCUCGCGAGAGGUGCUGCUGAAGAAGAAUGAGAGCUCGCGCAAGCUCGCGAUAAAGAGCGAGUCCGUGGUGCCGAUACUCGCAAGAAUCAAAGACGAACGCGAGUCUACGGACGCUAGAUUCCGAGCUUCCCUCCCGGAGGACAUACUCGCAGCCAGAGCGUUUGGUUCCGGUCACGGGGAGCCUCAAGUUGGGCAGGUUGUAAACUCGCGAAGCCCGGAGAAGAGGAUCAAGCCGAUCAAGUUGACCAAGAGUCCCUCUAUCGGUAGCAUUGUGGUCGCAGGAGGAUUGAACGCCAGGAACGUUCCCUCGAAGGUACCGGACACACCGGUGAUCAAAGAGGUCGAGGUGGACGAAGCGUCGGCUGAGAGACGACGCGGAAAAGAGUCGAGCGACGCGGAGAUCGUGGAAGCAGAGGAGAAUGACAGAGAGGAAGACCAGCCUGAGCAGGAAGAAGACUGUGCUAACGAGAUCGAAGAGAUCAACGCGAAGAAUCGGCUGGAGAAGAGCCACACGAACAUCGAGGUACUUCAGCAGAACCUGAACACCCAGAUCGACGCGAACACGGCGCAGAAAUACAAGAAGAAGUUACUAGAGUCGAGGAAGAACCGUGCCCUGAAGUUGCCCGUGGUCGUAGACUCGAACGCGAACGAGAAACUCGUGGGUAAGAUAGCUUUCGACGAGGAGUUCCUGCAGAAGCACAAUCUCGACAAGAGAUUGAAGAUCGAGGAGUACCGAUUGCUGGGGAACGACCUGGAUCCCGUUGCCAACGGUGAACGCAUCGACGAGGAGCCGGAGGAGGGUCUGUCGAAGAAGGGCGCGAGACCUAGCUACAGUCAGAAGGUAUUAGAGGUGGAGAAGAGGUGGUCAGGGGAAUUCCUGAAGAAUCAGCUGGAUCGUCACUCCUCCGAGUCGUCCAAGUCCUCGUACGUGGAGGAGUACGGCAGCGUUUCCUCCAGAGAGAGCGUCUGCGAGGAUUACGGGUCAGACACGUUGCUUUUCGAAAAGCGGAAGCCCGAGUUCGGCUACGAUCAGACGUCGAUCGACCUCUCGAGAGAUCGAACAUCCGAGGAGGUCCUCGCGACCAGCACGCUGAGCACGGUCGACUCCGAUUCUUGUCUCGAGGAUAGGAUCAAGUCGCUCGAGGAGGACUUCGAUGCGCGGGAAAAUGAGACUGAGAGAUCCUGGAAGGAAGACCAGCGCGACAACGUCGAGAUCGAUCGCGGAACGCAGGUAGCGCUCGUGCUGCCCCCUCUGUGGAACGAGUCGAUGCUCCCAGUAGUGACCGAUCAGUUACGGAAUCGUGGAAACGAGGCACCCAACGAUCUCAGUAAUCGCGUUUAUCGCGGAGUCGAGUCCAGGAUCUCGAGACGUCAGGUCAAUCCGACGGGCCCGAUAGACACGGUCGAUUUUACGUUCAUCGGUAGAGACCGAUCGGGGAUAGACGGAUACGCGAAUCUCAUCAGAGAGUUCACCAUGGAAGCGGGAUCAUCUCGGACGAAGAAGGAAGAAAAGCAGAAAAAGAAGCUGGGACUCCGACGUCUCUUGCCUGGCUUCUUCUCGCCGAAGGAUUCCAGGAAGGAUUACAAGAAGAAGGAGUCGAAGGACAGGAAGAGGCCCGAUGACAGACACUUCGCGCGCUACCAGCAGAACGGGAACUACACCAGGUCCCCGGAUACGAUGAACCUGAACGAGGACAUAAAAAGGAACGUGAAACUUGACAACAGCUUGAACGGCUCGAUAAUCGAGGAGAGGUUGGACGAGAUUAAACGGGAGCUAUUCCCCGAUCAGGGACCUAUCACCAGUACUCCGGAUCACCUGGCUAGGGACGAGGAUCAAGGUCUGUUGCGUGACCGAGCUGGACCUCCGCGAUCGUACACCACCGAUUCUAGCUUAAGUUCCAUCGCGCCUGACGAGAGAUGGAACGAUCGAAACACUCAUCUGGGGAUAUCUCCCGAUAUCAGGAAGUUCGAGCAAAGGCAGAAGCGCGAGGAGUUCGGACAGAGAUACGGCCAACGAUACGGGCAACUCGAGCGCAAACACAGUUUACAGGAACCGAACCACGCGACUAGGUCCUACUUCUUUCAAAGGAACCAUGGACCUUCGGGUAGAAUCUCAGCACCACCUAGCGAGAGGUACCUAGUUCGGCCUAGAGCCAUUCAUCCGAUAGACCGACCGUUGCCGGCAAUUCCUCAUUCUCGAACGGAGCUGUCCAACUACGAGAACUACCUCGAGGAACAGGAGGAAAGGCGGGAGCAGAUGACCAGAUCCGCGAAAGGCACGUACGCACCCGAUAAGUCGCCGGAGUAUCUGAACGAGCCAGGGUUGUACGAGAACGACAAUCCCUCGGGCUGGAUUCUGAAAUCGGUGUCCGCGCAGGUGAAGAUUACCCGGCAGCCUAUAGUGAAUCAGAAUCACCGAGCACCUCUGGUCGGAAGAUCGCCCAAGUACCUGUCGUCAGGCUCCAGUCAGAAGUCCGGGGAUUACGGUGAUUCCAGUUGCACGCCUAAUUCCAGCCAGAAGAGCGAGUUCUCGCCGUCCAGCUCGAAGAGCGGCGAGUACUAUCUGCACUCCCCGCGGAACAGUGGCUCCCCUAACGGGCGCGAGUUCGACGAGGAUGAGUCUCGGAGAGAAGGAAUCUACGAGAACGAGAAGUCACCCUCCAGAUCGUCGACUAGAUGUAUGGACGAACGCAUUUACGACGAGACUCCGUCGUCGCCCUGCGAGGAUGGCUGCGUUCCUUCGAAUUCGAAGCAGCUCGAUCGCUCCAUUGAGGAUUCCUUGGACAAAAGAACCGCGUCCCCGCACAGGAGUCGUUCGAGAGGAGAACGACCAAUCUCGCCGAGAGAGAACGUGGAGAAACGCGAGGAUGCCGAGAGGCAAGUCGGGGAAGCGAGCAACCGGGGAGAACAAGGCUGUGGUCCCUCGUCUCCCACUGGCAACCAAGGCAAGCCGAUCUCUCCGUUCAACUCGAGACAGGGCUUGCCAGCCUCUAGAAAGUCCGGGCCAAGUGAUCAGAUCCUGAUUGCCUCUCCUAAGAGGGAGGUCGCGUACGAAACGCGGAUACCUCGUCCGUCGAUCGAAACCAGGCGCUGUGCCAUAGAGUCCCCUGUGCACAUGACGAGCACCCCUCGCAAGCUAAUCACUGUCAACACGUUGGAGUCGCGUGGCCAGGACUCGAGCGGGAGUCGGGACGGCUCUACGACGAAGGGCAGUCCGGGACAGGGCCAGAUGGCGAACUUCAGCCCGGAAAUUGCGCGACCUGAGCCCAUCUAUGGGCACCGUCAACGAAGCGUGGAGAUCGGGUCUCCUGCGAGGAUCGGCUCACCGGAUAGGAAAGGUUUGCAGAUGGACAUCGCGCACAGGAAAGAUGGCGACGAUAGGGUAGCCUGGGUGCAAGCUCAUGCGUCUUCUCCGUCGACCAGUCCACAAAAAUUAGGCGAAUCCACCAGUCCACAGAUGCAAAAGUGUAAUCGUUCUAUUGACGUAACCACCACGGAGACUCGUCGUCCAGAGCAGAGUCUGACCAUUCAUUCUCCGCAUUCUAUCUCCACGCAUACCAUGGAAAUCCAGCCACCUCGGAAUCCCGGUCUGGACCAACGCGUUCCGCAGCAACAGCAGGAGCCGAGAUUGACAGGGCCUAGGUCUCUAGAGGAGCCUGUUUACGUCCAGAGGAUCUGCGAACCGUACGGGCAACGUGGUGGCACGUUGACCACCACCGGGGCGCCUCUGUCACCGUCGAAACAGGAGACUCGACAACAUCUGGAAGCGUUCUAUUGGCAGCAAAAGGCGCUAGAAGCGCAUCGAAAGUCCCUGGCGUCGCCGGUGAACGCGAACUCGAGACAGAUGGGACGAAAAAUUGAUUUACCGGAGGUCAGGGAAGCGGUGUACUGGCAGCAGCUCAAGAAGCUGGACGAGGAGCAACAGAGACGUAUUUACGAGCAGAAUCUGAUAGACGAGUCAUCGUCGUAUUGCAAGGGUGGAUCGAGGAAUUCGGCGAGGACGUCUACGCCUAGGCAGGGAUCCGCUCGAAGUCCCAUGGCGCCUGGGCUUUCGAUAUCCGCUACUCACGGUACCCCGUCCUCUUGGAGUGGCAAUCUUCGCUGUUCCAAAUCAAAUCCCACUGGAAAGCCGCCGCUGAUGCAGAGUCAGAAAGGUCAGAAUCAACCCGUGCUGAUAGUCAGGCCGCAACAGGCGAUACGCGAACGCCGCGAUAUGCUACCGUCCAAGCCUCUAGAUCCUGCCAGACCAGAGGUGCCCAGGUCCAAGAGCGCGUCCCCGCAUUUUCACCGAGGCGAGGCUCAACCAGUGCCACGCAAGCUAGAGGUCUCUUCCAUCUAUGAGGAAGAGGCGAACGACGUCGACGGGAAGAACGCUCCUCCACCCCCGAUAUUCAAGAGAGGCAGUCUCAUAGGCGGGGAAUCGGUGGAGUACGGUAGCGCCGUGGGCGCGAAAAGAGUGAGUUUCUCGAACCAGUCAGGCAUAGUGGGCCAAGACCUACCCAGCGGGAGCUGGCCCACGAAACACGGUACAGCCCCGGAACCACCGACUCGAAGGCACCGCAGCGAGGACAGCGUGUCUGACACCGACUCGGUGUUCUCUCAUCAGGAACGUCGCGAUGUGGCUACCCAUUGCCCGGACACCACGGAGUACGACGCAGACAGACCUCUGCCGCCUCUGCCCAAGGAUGCCACCCUUGUGACCACCACGAGACCAGCACCGGCACCCGGACCCGGAAGAAACCUCGCGUACAGUGACAACCGGUGGAACAUGGGAACCGAUCCUCGACGCGCCAUCAGUCCUCAACGGAUGCUCCGGCAAAAGGAGGAAGAAUGGAAUUCGGAUUGCAAGGGUCGACCGUCCAACGACAUCGGUGGGUCCAGCAGGGGGGAGGGUGAGGCAGGCUCGAACGAGGUUCCAACUGGGAGAAGAGGCGGCAGUGGCGGCGGCGUGGGCAGCGGCGUCGGAGGGGGAGGCGGAAGCGUGCUGGGGGUUGGCGGAGGUGGCGGAAGCAUCGGAGGCGGCUCGGGCGGCAGGAGCGGAUCAGGGGGUGGUGGGCGAUCGAGGGACGAGCCGAGGAGGCACACCCUCGGCGGCGAUCACCAACCGUCCCUACAUCAUCAGCAGUUCAACGCGGCCCAGCAGCUACACCCCCUUCAUCCCCAUCAUCUGCCGCCGCCACACGGCCAAUACGGUACGCCGCCCACGCGACACACCACCAUGGAUCUCGAGAUGGGGACCAAGUCUCGCCAGAGAAAGUCGCCUCUUCCGCGCGGGUACCCGCCUCCCUCUUCGACCAUGUUGUUCGACGAUGACCCGGGCAUCAUGUCCGAGGUGGAGACCUCGAGCACCGGAUUUCGGCGGGGUGGUAAGCAAAGAAGCAGCCUCCCCGUCGUACGGACCCCCAGCAAAACUCUGGAGCGACCACUAGGUCUAGUGUUCCUGCAGUAUAGGAACGAGACGAAGCGGGCGCUCCUACCCAACGAAAUCACUAGCAUAGACACCGUCAAGGCCCUCUUCGUCAGAAGUUUUCCCAAGCAACUCACUAUGGAAUAUCUAGACAGUCCUCACGUCAAGGUUUACAUACACGACAGCAACAAGGACAUGUUCUACGAACUCGAAGAUCUCAGAUCGCAUCUGAGAGAUAUCCGAGACCGCAGCGUUUUGCGACUGUUUGAGAGCUCGGACGGUGUGACAGGGAUGUCAGGACCACUGGGAAUACCUGGGACAGGGUCGGGACUGCCCCCUCACUGGGAGGACCAGAGCUACUUCAGCGAGCCGGAAUUCGACAGCGAAUACCAGCAUCAGCAUAUUCACAAGAGCAAGGUAACGAGUCUCCGGAAACGUUUGCAAGAUUUAUUAUCCGCGUUUAUGCCUUCUACCGACCGGCACAGUUGGUACUCUUCGCGUCCUCGUAUCCUCGCGAUACGUCUGUAA